AUGUCUGAUACUGACAUUGAAAUCCCAGUUGUUGACAGCUUUGCUGAUAAUAAUGGUGAAGAGGUUCAAGAGAAUCUCUUUUCUGUCAAGGUGGGAUUUGCACAAUCAAUGCUUGUUUCAGGAGGACAAGUCAUUGUUGAAGUCACCAAUGCAGAGGAAGCAAAAAUUGCAGAGGAAUCAGGAGCUGCUUGCUGUGUUGUUCACCAAGAAAGGCGAAUGCCUGAUUUAUCUAUCGUCAGGAAAAUCAAACGAGCUGUCUCAAUUCCUGUCAUGGUGAGGAUUCGAGUUGGUCAUUUUGUUGAAGCCUGGAUUCUUGAAGCAGCAGGUGUAGAUUACAUAGACGAGAGUGAACUCAUGGGCUAUGCAGCUAACGAAACCUACAUCAGCAAGCAAUAUUUUCGAGUACCAUUUGCUUGCACAUGCAAGAACCUGAAACAAGCAUUAGCAAGGAUUAAGGAAGGUGCAGCUAUAAUUUGGAUCCAGGGAGAUCAGGAAGGAUCUUUGUUGAAUGAGACAGUGGAUAACGUGAAGUCAAUAAUGCAAACGACAUCAAACUUGAAAAACUGCAACCAAGACGAGGUUUCUACAUUUGCAAAGGAGAUGGAUGCAUCUGAUGAACUGGUAAGAGAAAUCAGGGAAAUGGGUAAGCUUCCAGUUGUCCAAAUUGCAAUGGGAGGAAUUGAGACUCCUGCUGAUGCAGCUCUGAUGAUGCAUUUGGGUUGUGAUGGGGUGUGUAUUAGAUCAGAAAUCUUUGAAUUUGAACACGCCUACAGUUGGAAUCCAUCGAAGAGAAUUCGAGCAAUGGUUAAAGCUGUUGAGCAUUAUGAUAAUCCACGGGUUUUAGCAGAAUGCAGUAAUACGGAGGAAGAUGAUGAUACUGAAGAUUUGGUCUGA